AUGUUGCCGGGCAUUCUAAACCAGCUUGGAGCUGAAUCGCUUGCGCACUUGAAGAAAUUAGCGAAUAAUGUGACUACGCAGUAUAAGCCGUCGGAUGAUGAUGUUCCAGAGUUGGUUGGUGAUUCCGAGGAAGCGUCAAAGAACGAGACUAAAGAGGUUCAACCGCAGCAACAUCACAUAGAAGGAGAAUCCUAA